GUUUACAUUAUCACUAGGAAGCGAGAAAGCGUGAUCAAAGCCUUUCACCUCGUCUCCAGAUAAAUUCCUGUCAGUGUUGUCUGUCACGAACUCAACUCUUCGCUAUGAGUAACUAUCCACCAAGUUUUGGCAGCUUUCAAGGAUAUGGCGGGUAUGGAAAUUUUAAUCCCCGCAACUCUGGACCACCUCCCCCACCCAUGGGCAUGGGCAUGGGCAUGGGCAUGGGCAUGAGCAUGGGAAUGGGGAUGGGAAUGGGGAUGGGCGCAUUCCAGCAGAGUGCCUACAACAACCAGUCUGGCUUCAACUUUCAAAUGAACAUGGGAGGUGGACAACCUGGCUUUGGUUGCCCUGCUAUGCAGCAGAUGAGCCAGAAUUACCCCAUGGGAAAUAUGCCCCCACCCCCAGCUCCACCCAUGCCCCAGUCCUACUCCAAUGUGCCACAAAUGCAGCAACAGCAUGACCUUGAAAUGCAGAGGCACAUCUACCAGCAAAUGGGAUUUAGAGCUCCAAAGGCACAGGCUCAGCCUGCCCCUGAGGAUGAUAUGGAACAGGCAAAGGUCGUAGUCACAGAAGAACCAGAGCAUAUGGUGAAAGAAAGCCAGAUGGACUCUGGUAAUGAUAUAGAUGAGGAGGUGAAGCAGCGAUUCCGGUCGAUGUUUGUCGAGGAGUUAAUGAGGCGCUACCAGAUCAGUGGCACCCUGGAGAUGGUGCAGGGCACGGUCGGGCCGCUUAUUAAAUACCCUGAGGACGAUAUUGUCGUGAACUUUUACCGAGAGGAGAGGGACACUGAGCUCAAAGACCAGGAGUGGGACCCAGAGGCCGAUUGUGAAUACCUCCGGGCGGCCAUGAAGGGACUGGGUACCGACGAAAGUAUUAUCACACACAUUGUUUCAACAAGAUCGAACAGCCAAAGACAGAGGCUGAAGGAGAUGUUCAAGACGAUGUAUGGCCGGGACCUGAUUGAGGACAUCAAGAGUGAGUUGAGCGGCGACUACAAGGAUGCCAUCCUCGCUUGCUUUGUGUCCCCGGCCUACUAUGACGCCAAAGCUGUCAAAAAGGCUAUUUAUGGUUUGGGCACAGACGAGUUGGCCCUGAUUGAGAUCCUCAUGACGCGCACCAACCAGCAGAUCAAGGAGAUGAAGAGUGUCUAUGGCGAGGUUGCUAGGCCUGACAAGAAGACGCGCGCGACGCUGCUCGAGGACGAUAUUAAAGGCGACACGAGCGGAUAUUUUAAAAAGCUGCUCAUUUCUGCAGCUCAGGGUAACCGUUACGAGAUCAGCAGGGAACGCUUGGAUAAUGCGGUGGAGGAAAUCAUCAAUCAAAACGGCGACGGCACGGGCAUGUAUCAGGUGAACUACACCAAGCUUGCGGACCUGAAGAAGGCACAGCGGGAUGCCAAGCGCCUGUUUGAGGCUGGAGAGGACCGAUGGGGUACAGACGAAGAGACGUUCAACCUCAUCUUCGCCACCAGGGACUUCUACCAACUCCGGGAAACAUACAAGCAAUAUGUUAAGAUAACCCAGGCUGACAUCCGGCACGCGGUGGACAGUGAGACUUCCGGGAGCUACAAGAAGGGACUGAUGGCGGUUGCGCAGUCGAUCAUGAACCGACCCAAGUACUUCGCGGAGCGCCUCGUGAAGGCCAUGAAGGGUCUGGGCACCGACGAGGAUACGCUCAUCCGCAUCAUCGCUAGCAGAUCAGAGAUCGACAUGGUCCAGAUCAAGGCCGAGUUCCUAGAACUGACCAAGAAGACCCUGUUUAGAUACAUCGAGCAUGACACGAGCUUCAACUUCAAGAAAAUUCUCCAAGCUCUUGUGGGCAGGGAUUAACACCAACAAUUUGAUAUAGCGUUGUGAUAUAGCGUUGUGAUUGUGAUAUAUAGAUGUGAUAUAGCGUUGUUUUUAUACAAACAGUUUCCGUCCAUUUUCCCGUUUUCCAGAUGUUUUUGUUGUGUUUACACGAACUUGAUAUUAGAAAUGUAAAUGAAAGUUGUAUGUUCAUGUUUUACACUGAGUGUUAAUUUGUUAUUGUUUUCUAUUUUCAAUUGUUUUCUUUUAAUCUGACAUGAUUUUGAUAUGGUAAUGAGUAAGAGUUUCUGUCAAUCCUAACUAUCAGUAGGCUGUUCGCAUUGCCCACAUUUGAAGUAUGCAAAUUAUCACGUGGUUUGCACAUGCGCAUUGCUAUCCAUACAUGAUGUUGAAUGUAUCAACAGUUUUGAUGUUUGUCAAGCUAACUUGGUACACAAAAAACCUGUACCAUAUGCAAUAUAUAUGUUGCAUGUCUCCUCAUUUCGCGUAGUAUUUAUUUAGAUAUGAUUAAAUCGGACGAUCUUCGUGAUUUCA